AUGAGCGAUCACCAAUCCCAGUCCAAGGUCAAAAAUGAUCCCGGUUCGGCGAAAGUGAAGAGCGAUGAGAACAAUGACGGCCAUGAUUCGAAUGCCAAUGAAACCAUCAGUCAGGAUGGGAGUGCUCACGAAGCAAAUUCGGAGAACAAAAGUGAUAUGAUCAUGGAGCAGGAGAGGCUUCUACCGACAGGUGGGAAGGGACUGUAUGGGUAAUAUACAAUGAUUUAGCAAACAUAAAUAGGAUCAUGAGAAGAGUGGUGCCACCGGAAGGAAAGUUGUCCAAGGAAGCAAAGGAUGCAGUCCAAGAGGCUGUCUCCGAAUUCAUCCAAUUCGUGAUCUCAGAAGCUAGUGACAAUUGUGUUCAGGUAAGAAAGGCUUUCACAACUGAAUUGUGGCGAUUAUGACCACUGCUUCAAAUAAUUUGCUAAGGCUUCAAUCGGAAUCGCUAGCCACAAAAAAUCUUAUCAAGGGCGGCAAAACAGCUAGAUUAGUAAAAAAUCACCCAAGUGGCUAAAUAAAUGGUUGGCUUGGCUGUAAAAUCUUCAAAGGCUUAUUCAGCGUCCCGUUUUGGCUAGUCAUUUCAACUUUUUGGUUAGAAUCCAACUUUCAGGCCGGCCGGAAAACUCUGUUCUAGACCUAUAGGGCAUUUAAACCCUUACUAAAUAGUUAGGCUAGAGUCGCUCUUAACCAUUUGUUUCAAACAGUGGUUCAUAAUCGCUUUCAUUCUUUGCGACUGAUUGUUUUUUUUAGGAGAAACGGAAAACAAUAACAUGUGAGGACCUUCUCCGAGCACUCAAGGAUCUCAGCUUCGAUCCUUAUGUGGACAUUCUCAAACUUUACAUAGAGAAUUAUCGCGCGGCUCUGAAUAAAGGCACUGCUAAUCCUCAGAGUGUAAGUGUAUAAAAAAUGGCGUAAAUAUUUUUAUCUGAAACUUAUGAUUUUAGUUGACUUUGGAUCAGUCCAAGAUCACCCCAACGCGAGCCAGAAAUUCAGACGGCGACGCCCAUCCCCCGCCUUCUCUGACUCCUCAGAGCAAUCAAGAGCCUCCACAAUUCGUCUUCCAAUCCGAGCAACCUCAGCCAGCGAACGAUGGGUCGUCGCUGGAACAAGUCCAAGUAUUUAUCGACAGCCAAACUGGACAACAUUAUAUGGCUGUUGCUGGUAAGUUUCCCAUUCAUAACAUCAAGGAACGAUUGAACGCGAACAUUUUUUGUUUUAGAUCCACAAACAGGCCAAGAACGCCUCGUUCCGGUCGCUUUGAACAUCAGCCAAAUCACAACUUCCCACGAAAGUCAAUAA